AAUUCCAUUUCAUGUGGCUAUCCUCUCCCUUCCACUCUUCACCUCACACUUUUCUUACCUCGCUAUUUUCGUAUUCAAAUCAAAAACUAACUUCCUAACCAUUGUUUACUUUUCCAGUUACUUGCUUUCACAAACUUCAUACUCACCAACAAAAUGCCCCAAGUUUAUUCUUCAAUUUAGGGUUCCAUUCAUCUAAACUCAAUUCUCUUCACGUUUACUUCAUGGAGUCCUUCUGCGUCAAUUCUUUGUACGUUGUUUCUCCUCAACUGACUCUUUCGCCGCGAAUUUCGAAGAAUGCACGGCGAAUGCGAAUUUCGAGUAAGGCUGCGACGACGGGAAGUUCUGCUCAAAACGGCGUCGUUUUGAGGGAGUUGCAGCUGCCGAGUAAUUCUAAAUCAAAGAACAGUGCGCUGGAACAGCUUGACAUCGAGCGUGGCGUCUGCAUUCCUUUUCGCAAGUAUUCUCCGGAGAGUGUGAGGAAUAAGGUAUUAGAAUCAAGAGGAGCUAUUUUGUCUUUAAUUUCACGAGGGGUGGAGAUAGUUUGGAGUCUGGGCUUCUAUUGGUCUACCUUGAUGUAUGAUUUCCUAGUUGGAAGGGAUGAAGAAGUCGUUCCAUAUCGUGCUCGACAACUAAGGAACCUCUUGUGUGAUUUGGGGCCUUCCUUUAUUAAAGCUGGUCAGGUCCUUGCAAACAGGCCAGAUAUCAUUAGAGAAGAUUAUAUGAAUGAACUUUGCAUUCUUCAAGAUGAUGUCCCUUCAUUUCCCAAUCAAAUUGCCUUCAGUAUCAUAGAGGAAGAACUGGGUCAGCCCCUUGAAGCUGUUUUCAGCAGAAUCUCAUCAGAGACAAUAGCAGCUGCAAGUCUAGGUCAAGUUUACCGGGCUACUUUACGUGACACUGGCGAGGAUGUUGCUAUAAAGGUUCAAAGGCCUGGGAUAGAGCCCAUAAUUUAUCGAGAUCUUUUCUUGUUUCGCACUUUAGCUUCAUUCUUAAAUGGCUUCAGUAUACAGAAAUUAGGGUGCAACGCUGAGCUGAUUGUUGAUGAAUUUGGUGAAAAACUUUUGGAAGAGCUUGACUAUACACUGGAAGCCCGCAAUAUCGAAGAUUUUCUAGAAAAUUUUAAAGAUGACCCCACUGUCAAAAUACCUCUGGUUUACAAACAACUUUCUGGGCCACGUGUAUUAGUAAUGGAAUGGAUUGAUGGUAUUAGGUGUACUAACCCACAGGCCAUUAAAGAAGGUGGUAUUGAUCUAGGUGGAUUUCUAACAAUUGGUGUGAGUGCUGCCCUUAGACAGUUGUUGGAAUUUGGAUUAUUUCAUGGAGACCCUCACCCUGGAAAUAUUUUUGCCAUGCGUGAUGGACGGAUUGCAUAUGUGGACUUUGGCAAUGUUGCUGUUCUUAGUCAGCAAAAUAAACAGAUUUUAAUUGAUGCUGUUGUCCAUGCUGUGAAUGAGGACUAUGCUGAGAUGGCUAAUGAUUUCACCAGGUUAGGCUUCCUGGCAGCAGGGACUGAUGUCUCUCCAAUAGUUCCUGCGUUAGAAGCAAUUUGGCAGAACUCUGCUGGAAAAGGACUGGCAGAUUUUAAUUUUCGCAGUGUCACUGGAAAGUUUAACCAGUUGGUUUACAAUUAUCCCAUUCGAAUCCCAGAAAGGUUUUCACUUGUAAUUCGUUCUUUAUUGACUCAAGAAGGCAUCUGUUUUACUCUGAAACCUGACUUCAAAUUUCUAGAGGUUGCCUAUCCAUAUGUGGCUAAGAGACUACUAACAGAUCCUAAUCCAGCUCUACGUGAACGACUCAUACAGGUUCUAUUCAAAGAUGGUCUUUUCCAGUGGAAACGGCUCGAAAACCUUAUUGUUCUUGCAAAGGAAAAUGUCGCCAAGAUGAGCAGCAAUCCAGCAUUGCAAGUGAAAAACACGCAAAUCCAGAGAAACUGGAAAGUUGAACAAAAGCUGGACCUUACGGACACAAUCAAAGACGGAGCUCGCCUUUUCUUCGUUGACGAAGGAAUACGCCGAAAGCUUCUUCUUGCUUUGACAGAGGACUCAAAGCUUCAUAUAGAAGAGCUUGUUGACGUGUAUAGGUUGGUUGAAGAUCAGAUAGAUGUACCCUCAGUGGCUGUUGAAGUAGUUCGAGAUUUUCCAAUUGUCAUCAGGGAUCUCCUACUUUCAUGGAGUCAGUCCGUCUUAUCCGAUAGAUAGCUAAUUUUUGGACGGUCCAUAGCAAAUACAAAUAUUGUUUCAGUCAGAUGAGUAUACUUCACAACACAUAACUAUAGUUUCUCUUUAUACUUUCUGUUGUAAAAGGUUUGUUAUAUGAAGUUUUAAAUGAUUGCUAACACUGUGUUGGUAAAGGAUAACUAGUACAUUUGUAUAGGAAACAAUAUAUUCCUCAGUAUAAGAAGUAAAAAAUUAUACAUGUUACUGUUUGUAUCAUAAAUAAUUCCUUUAGUUGUAUCAUGUUACUGUUUGCAUGUGAAAAA